GUCACCCCUCUCGCCCCGGGAGCCAUGGACUCAGUGGUGCUCAGCUUCGCAGACAACGCCCUGCGCACGCUCACCCUCGCGUACCGCGACCUGCAGCCGGGGGAGAUUCCCGAGGGCGGUGUGUGGGGCGACCGCGACGACAUCCCCGACAACGACCUCAUUCUGCAGGCUGUGGUGGGAAUCAAGGACCCUCUGCGCGCCGAGGUGCCGCUCGCCGUGCAGACCUGCAAGACCGCUGGGCAUGUGGUGCGCAUGGUGACGGGGGACAAUCUCAACACGGCCAUGGCGAUAGCGCGCGAGUGCGGCAUUCUCACGGAGACGGGCGAGGCCAUAGAGGGCCCCAAGUUCCGACAGCUCUCCAAGGACCAGAUGAUGGCGCUGCUGCCCCGCCUCCAGGUGAUGGCACGGUCGUCCCCCACGGACAAGCACACGCUGGUGAGCGUGCUGCGGGAGAUGGGCGAGGUGGUGGCCGUCACGGGCGACGGCACCAACGACGCACCCGCUCUCAAGGAGGCAGACAUUGGACUCGCCAUGGGCAUCGCCGGCACUGAGGUGGCGAAGGAGAGUGCGGACGUGAUAGUGAUGGACGACAACUUCUCCUCGGUGGUGAAUGUGGCCAAGUGGGGGCGCAGUGUGUACGCCAACAUCCAGAAGUUCGUGCAGUUCCAGCUCACCGUCAACAUCGUUGCCCUUGUCACCAACUUCGUCUCCGCCUGCACCACUGGCUCCGCGCCACUGACAGCAGUGCAGCUGCUGUGGGUGAAUCUCAUCAUGGACACGCUCGGUGCGCUGGCCCUCGCCACGGAGCCGCCCGACGCGGAGCUGAUGAAGGUGGGGCCGGUGGGGCGGCGCGCGCCCUUCAUCAGCGCGGUCAUGUGGCGCAACAUCAUCUGCCAGGCCGUGUUCCAGCUGCUCGUGCUGGGCGCCAUCAUGAUGUGGGGGCCCUGGAUCUUUGGCUUUGCCAUUUCGCCCGAUGCGCCGCAGCGCCUCGACACUGUUGUGUUCAACACCUUUGUCUUCUGCCAGUUGUUCAACGAGGUGAACUCGCGGGAGAUGGAGCGGAUGAACGUGCUGCGGGGCAUGGAGAGGAACGCCAUCUUCCUGGGCAUCCUCAUCGCCUCCACGGCCUUCCAGGUGCUCCUCGUGCAGGUGCUCGGCAAGUUUGCCUCCACCGUGCCGCUCACGCCCUUCCAGUUCAUCGCCUGCAUCGUGAUUGCCUCGCUCAGCCUGCCGGUGGCGGCGGCAGGGAAGAUGAUAGAGCUUCCCAAGGCCCCUGUGAAGAUGCUGCAGCAGGCGUCGCUGCACUACCGUGAGGUCGCUCAGGACUUUAAGCAGAAGCGCCACGCAGAUUAG